AUAUUUUUUAUGUCUAGAAAUUAAAGUUAUUUAAGUACAAAAGUAUAAUAAAAACACAUGGUUAUCAUUGUUUUAUCAUAUUGUUUAGUAGAGUAUAUCGGUCAUCCAUCAAGAUGUAUGCUCCUAUAUUAUGCUUAUAAGAGAAAAAAAACAAGAAAGGAAAAACUUACAGAAAAUGCAACAAAACGAAUUUUACUAUAGCAUCGUUUUUGUUACAUUUUUGCAAUGAAAUAAAAUAAAUCUAAAUCUUCCGUUUAGAGGGAAAUAUAGAAAGUGUAACUGUGACGCACCUACACCUGUAUCGCUACACCUUCGUAUAAGGGCGAUCAUCCUCCAGGAGCGCUUACGCGUGCGCGCGUCUUUCGAAGUCAGGACGUUUCUUUCGCAGCGAUUCGACACCUUCGCAUUGUAUUCGGCGAACCUUCGAUCUCGUGCCUUCUCUGAUCAUAUCUCCGUAUAUUUUAUAUUCUUGUUUUUAUAAUAAUAAACGUCUGUGGCUUCUUAAACGAACGCGCGAAAAUAUGCGAGAUAAAUUUAAACGACGAUACGUGAUUGCAAAUCGCGAAUGUGUGUUGCGCAAAUUCCAUACGAACGAAUGACGUGGAUUUAUCUCGUUUGUCAGAACAUUCGCGAGUGUGCGAGAAAUUGUAAUUAAUAACUAUGGCGAAGUUCUUGGCAACGGUCAAGGCAAUAAUUACACGUCUAGUGUUUGCAUCGCACGGAUUCAUCGCUAUCUGGCAAGUCACGACUUUCAAGAAGAAUCCGUUUUUCUGGUACCUCUGUUGUCCUAUUCUUCUGCUGUUCUUCGAGGGCAUCUUCACACUCACUAUAAAAGAGAAUCAAGAGUGGAAAUGGUUCUGCCCGUCCGUCUUUUUGUAUCUUAGCAGUGUAGUGCCCGCGAUUUGGUUGUUGGAGCUGGAUAAGGUGGAGAGAAGGUUGAAAUCCCGCGAGUCGGGUAUCAAUAUAUCGGAGAACUUCGAUCUAUCCAAUUUGGCAGCCGGCGACUUGAAACAUUUGGAGAAAGCUCUAGGCGUUGAUAUUCAGCUACCGGACAUACAGAUUUCCACGGAAACGUGGGUCACCCUGAUCGAACAGUUCCUGAUGCUGAUCCUGAUAAUCGGCCGUUGGAUGUUGCCAAAGGGCGAUCUCACUCGCGAUCAGCUCAGCCAACUCUUGUUGGUCUACAUCGGUACCGCCGCUGACAUCAUCGAGUUCUUCGAUUCCUUCAAAGAGGACAAGAUAGCGCGGGAGCCCGUGCUCGUGUACCUGACCUUAGGCAUUUGGGCAUGGUCCUUGAUGCAGUUCACGGUCGUGUUGACCGCCACCAAGUCGAGAAAGUCUCGUUUGUCGUCUGGAAGCGUCGCCAGGAAGAAGGUCCGCACACAGACCAGCUGCUGCAGCAUCGACGUGUGGGGAAUCGCCUUGAACAUGAUUCUCCAGGAUGGACCGUUUUUGGCGUUUCGCUUGAUCCUGAUAAUCCAUUACAAGAUAGUCAGUUACAUGAAUAUAUUCUUCACGUGCAAGAACACAUUGGUGAUACUGCUGCAGCUGUAUCGGCUCUAUGUGGUGCAGAGCGAGAACAAGAACAAGCGAAAGAACAAAAAAUACAGUAAGAUGGAAGUGUCGAAUAUAAGCAUUAUUUCACGGGGCGACAUGUACAAGGACGCGAGAGUGAAGAGCGCGCGAGACGACAAAAGGCAAAAGAGGCGACGCGACAAGGACGUGGAGGCGAAUUACACGGAGACCGAGGAUUCCACGGAGGAGAAUGACAAAUUCGACUCAUCCCCGAAGAAUGUAGCUCGUUCCAAACGAAAAAAUCGCCAAGAUACGGGGUACUCGACGUCGAGUUCCCGCAAUUCCGGCAAGCAGGAUAAGUCGCAGAAGCGAGAAGGAAAGAGAAUAUCCUCGCACAGAGAGGAGAUGAGACGCGGCACCUCCGACGACGAGAAGCGCAAAAGGAGAGGAGACAAAAAGUCCGGCGAGAAAAGCGAGAGAAAAUCGACGAAGAGUAAGCACGAUGACGACGACUCCGGUAAGAGUUCCAGUCGGAAGUUUCACAGCGAGAACGAGUCUUCCAGCGAGGAACUGACCGGCACUAAGACGGAAGUUAGCGAGGGCAGUGAGUCGGAAUCUAACAGAAAGAGUACUCGUAAAUAUACGCAUCGAAAGCGGAGGCAAGAUAGCGAUUGACAACGGAAUCUGGGUAUCCUGGCAUUGCUGUUCGUUUAUUCUGCGAUUCUAGUUGUUUGCAUCCUCUUCAUACACGCUGGAAUUAAU